AAGGGGGACUGAGCGGGGCCUCGUUUGGCUCCGCGGUGCCGGCGUACGGGGCUGCGGGUGGGUGGUUACUGAAGGCAGCCGGCUGGCAUUGUGGGCACAGAGCCCAGGCUGGGCCCUAUGCGUUGCGGCCUGGACACCGGAUCCGGCAAGGCGUGGAGAAAAACUACCUGAAUACUUCUCUAGUUCUUGUAAAGGGGUGAAAAGUGCCCUCUUGGCUACCUGACUCAAUGGGAAGGAAGAAUUUUUUCAUUCCACCCAGCUGGACCACUAGAUUUCACCACACUUGCCUGUGACCGCUCCUGUGGGAUAAGCUGAGACUGAAGCAUCCAGCAGUGGCUUUCACAUCUUUACCUGCCACGAUGAAAAGUUGCAUAAGAUCUUCGCUGAUCUACAUGUAAUCAACAAAUUUGUCAAACUCCCGUGUGAUCUACAACAUUCACAAGUAGACAAAAUGAAGCUAAAGCAUACUAUCAAUCCUGUUCUUCUGCAGUUAAUAAACUUCAUAAUAUUGGUAUACUCAUUUAUAACAUACAUUCCAUGGUACAUACUAUCUGGCUCAAGACAGACCAUAGCAAAAUCAAAACAAAUUAAGGCUAAACCUGUGAAAAACAAACCUGGUAGUCCAUACAGGUCUGUUAACAGUUUGCAUUGCUUAGCUUCGGUUUUAUAUCCUGGAUGUGACACACUCGACAAAGUUUUCAAGUAUGCUAAAACUAAAUUUAAGGACAAAAAACUUUUAGGAACACGUGAAGUCUUAAAAGAGGAAGAUGAAAUCCAGCCCUCUGGAAAAGUUUUUAAAAAGGUCAUCCUUGGAAAAUACACUUGGCUCUCAUAUGAUGAAGUCUAUGUUAAAGCUACUAAUUUUGGAAAUGGCUUAGCAGUAUUGGGGCAGCAACCGAAGACUAACAUUGCUAUCUUCUGUGAGACUAGAGCAGAGUGGAUGAUCGUCGCACAGGCCUGCUUUAUGUGCAGUUACCAACUUGUUACACUGUAUGCUACUUUAGGAGGCCCAGCAAUAGUACACGGACUAAAUGAAAGUGAGGUGACAACCAUCAUUACUAGUAAAGAACUGAUGCAAACAAAAUUGAAGGAAAUUGUUUCUCAGGUUCCACUGUUGCGGCAUAUUAUUACUGUGGAUGGCAAACCAACAACAUGGUCAGAAUUCCCCAAGGGUAUCAUUGUUCACACUAUGGCUUCCGUGCAAGCAAUGGGGGCCAAGGCAGAUAUUGUAAGCAAACAGCAGGCCAGGCCUAUACCCUCAGAUAUUGCAGUAAUCAUGUACACAAGUGGAUCUACGGGACUUCCAAAAGGAGUCAUGAUUUCUCAUUGCAACCUUAUUGCUGGCAUAACUGGGAUGGCUGAAAGAAUUCCUCAUUUGGGGGAAAAAGACAUUUAUAUUGGAUAUUUGCCUCUUGCUCAUGUUCUGGAAUUAAGUGCUGAACUUGUUUGUCUGUCCCAUGGAUGCCGUAUUGGCUACUCAUCACCCCAGACAUUAGCUGAUCAGUCCUCUAAAAUAAAGAAAGGAAGCAAAGGAGAUGUUACUAUGCUUAGACCUACGCUAAUGGCAUCUGUACCAGAAAUCAUGGAUCGGAUCUACAAAAAUGUCAUGAAUAAAGUGAACGAAAUGACCAGUUUCCAAAGGAAUCUGUUUAUAUUGGCCUACAAUUACAAAAUGGAACAGAUUUCAAAAGGCUAUACUACGCCACUUUGUGACAGCCUUAUUUUCCGGAAAGUACGAAUGCUGCUCGGUGGUAAAAUUCGCACCCUACUAUGUGGAGGAGCCCCACUUUCUGCUGCAACUCAGAGAUUUAUGAACAUCUGUUUCUGUUGCCCUGUGGGACAGGGAUAUGGACUAACUGAGUCAGCUGGGGCUGGAACAAUCACUGAAGUUUGGGACUACACUACAGGGAGAGUAGGAGCACCUUUGGUUUGCUGUGAAAUCAAAUUAAUGAACUGGGAAGAAGGUGGAUAUUAUAAUACUGAUAAACCAUAUCCGAGAGGUGAGAUUCUUAUUGGAGGCCAAAAUGUGACCAUGGGCUACUACAAAAACGAAGAACGAACCAAAAAAGAUUUCACUGUGGAUGAGAAUGGACAGAGGUGGCUCCAUACUGGAGACAUUGGGGAGUUCCAUGCAGAUGGAUGUCUAAAAAUAAUUGAUCGUAAGAAAGAUCUUGUAAAACUCCAGGCAGGAGAAUACGUCUCUCUUGGCAAAAUUGAGGCAGCUUUGAAGAAUAUGCCACUGAUAGAUAAUAUUUGUGCAUAUGCAAGCAGUUUCCAGUCUUAUGUCAUUGCAUUUGUUGUGCCAAAUCAAAAGGAGCUUACAGAACUAGCUCGGAAGAAAGGAUUUAAAGGAACCUGGGAAGAGAUCUGUACCAGUGCUGAAAUGGAAAAAGAGGUACUGAAGGUAGUAGCUGAAGCUGCUAGCUCAGCUCAUCUGGAGAAAUUUGAAAUACCAAUAAAAAUUCAUUUGAGCCCUGAUCCUUGGACUCCUGAGACUGGGCUGGUGACAGAUGCCUUCAAAUUAAGACGCAGAGAGCUUACAUCACACUACCAGGUGGACAUUGAUCGAAUGUAUGGAAAAACAAAAUAAUUCUUUUCCUGCGCUUCUUUGCUACAGUGAGCUCAGAUCAAAUAGGAAAUACUUGAAUCUCGUGUCUCAGUACUUGAGACCAACACACAAAAACACCAUUCCUCAUUUUCAGCUUAAACUGUUACUUCUGAUAACAUCAGCAUCUUUACCUGUCAGGAUUAGUAAAAUGUUAAGGCAGCAAACUUGUGUCUGUCUCCUUUUUUCCAGUAUUCUCUGCUACCUUGUCAAUAUGUGGAUUUUCCUGAGUUCUUUUGAGAAACUGUGAUUUUGAAGCCUCAAGUUUUUAAAUAUGAUUUAUAAAUCCUGUAUAAUGUUCUGUUUGCAACUUUUUAAAGUUUGGAUGUAUAGGCAGAUAACUUGGCUAUGUAAGAAAUGGUUAUUCUGGGGGCCUUUUUUAUAUAAGUAUUUAAAUAUAAAAAGUGAUUGAUGUGAAAUUAUGUAAUCUGAAAAUGCUUAUAACUCAAAUCACUGUUGGACGGAAGACCAGAUUAUUUGUUGCUGUGCAAUUGUUCUUUGUAAAUUUAAGAAAGAAAAAGUCUGACAUUCUGACUUGUGAAAUACACCUGAAAUAUGUGCCUGAUGGUUGAUCCCUAAAUAUUUUAUUUUUUACCUAAAAAACAAAGGUGGGCAUGGCACAGCACUGUAUAUAAGCAGACAGCCCUGGAGAAUAUGUUGUUUGAGGCUUUAUUAAUGCAAAAGAUGCUAUUUAACACACCAAAAGCUACAUCUGUGAAUAAUCUGUCUAAUAUUGAAAUUCACUUUUAAAAUAUCUUCAUGCCAUUUUGUACAGCAGUUAUAUUGUUUAAACCUUGUGAGAACUUUUAAGUGUUAAGUAAAAUGAAUUCAGAAAGUUUGCUGGGACUUCAACAAAAUCAUCUCUUUUCUCAUCAGCCUUACAUACACAAUUCAGGUUUUCUGUUUUGUUGCUUGUAAAUCAUUGAUAAUAGUCAAGUUCAAACCUAGCUGCAGCCCAAAUCUUUUGGAGGGAAAUUUCUUAAAGGCCUAACUGUCCAGUUACGUACCAGUUGGAAUUGGGUAACUAACUGCCAUUUGUGCCUUUGAAAAUCUCCCCCUAAAUUAAUAAUUUCAUGUUCUUUUGUUUAUAAACUUUUUUUCUUUGAAGGCAAAUGUCUGAAGUAUUGUCAGUUAAGAGUCAUAUUUAUUUUACCUGCUUGGUUGUUUAAUUGUUGCAACCAAAUUCUUGAGUUAGUUGAUUAUAAAUAGUCCUGUGAAGCUUUCAUUUUGAGAGUUCUGGGUGCUAGCUAGGUCUAAAGUGGGAGCCUCUAGAUUGGUUUCAGAUAUGUAUUUUAUUAUUAGUUUUUUAAUAUAUUAAUUUAGAGAAAAUAUUCUGAUCAGGGUCACAUGAGAACAUGGAAAGCCAUACAUCAGUAAAUUUUGUGAUGGACCAGAUAUUAAAGGGGCUUUAAUUUGCUGAAAUGUCUUUCCUCAUAUGGUAUAUGUAAUUACAAUGUAAAAAGUCAGGUCUUUAUGCUCGCUUGAUGCAAUAGUUUGAUAACAGAGCAUUGGCGUACAAAAGACGUGCAGUACCUAAAACCACCCUUUUCUGCUGUUAGCAUUGGUAAAACUUUAACUUGGGAGUUUUAGGAGAAGGUUUCACACAAACUCUGAUGAAAAAAAUUAAUUCUGAAGUAUAUGAAAAUUAACACUCUGUGCAGUUGUAUAGGAGACCAAAGUCAAGUAGGUUCCCUGUGCUGGUGAAAGCUGAAUGUAUCAUACCUAGUUUCAGUCACUUAAAUAAUGGAAGAGUGAGCUGUAUUUUUAAUAGCUCUUACUGGAUUGCAAUGGAUUUGCACUGUGAGGUUUAGUGUAUUUAGUCAAAUGGAAUUGUCAGAAUUAAAAGGGGUUCAGAAUCACAUUUGUAUCAGAAAUGAGGUAAUGAGGCUGUUGUAAUCCAGGCUAUACAUCAUAUGAAUCUUAAGGAAGUUAUAAAUACAUGAUAGAUAUAUACAGAUAAGACUAAACUAGGAAAGUGAUUGAUUGAAGAAUGGGAGCGCAUGAACUGCCAAAUUCAAAGGAAAAGUAUCAUCCUGUUUUAGGUAUAGAAAAAUGUUUAAUAAAAUAUAGAUUUGCACUCUGUCAAAUGGCAUCAAGAAGCAAUAAGGUUCAUAAAUAGAGCCUGCAUUUGAAGCAAACGAUAUACUUUGCUCAAGGUUAUAAAUGUUUUUUUUUGUGAUCCUAGAAAAACAAAAGUAAUCCAAAAUAUGGCUAACAAAAUAUGUCCAGCAUCUCAAGACCACUGGUUGUACUCUGUAGUAUAUUAAUAAAAUUCUAAAUUUGAUUCUU